UAACUUUAUCUAUAGACUCUUAUUUGGUUCAGUCUCUUGUUGAAAUUGUAAGCAUUUAAAAAUACAGAUUAAGGAAAUAAAAAUAGAAUAAAGCAGUAUAAUGUAAAACUUUACAGUUUGCAAAGAUAUGAAUAUGUAAAACUUUGCAGUGUCUUGGGUCUCCGAAAUAACAAUUUAAAACAUCUAAUUUUAAGAGCUUCAUGUUUCACAUGUACAUGUUGAGAAAAAGCAGUGUAUCCUCAAAAAUCUCUUUUCAAAGGAAAAAAAGGCACUGUAAGAUCCGAUUUUGUUGUUCAUUUAGUUGCUCUGUGACUCAGUUUUGCUGAUUGCCACAUGCUUUGUGUCCCCAGGUCUAGGAACCGUAUAUUAUGCCUAGUAAUAAAGAUAAUGAAUUUUUAUUUUGUGCUUGUUUUAUCUAAGAUAUUAUGGAAUAGGAUUCUAUUGGUAUGUUUUAUGAAUUGAUAAAAGCUGGAUUUACAGUCUUUAAGGUUUAUAACAAAUUGUAUAUUGAGAAUUAAGAUUCAAGCAUAUAUUGCUAUAAAACCCUAGAAUGUUGUGGCUAACUUAGUUUUAAAUAAUUGGAUUUACCUUAUUUUUUAUAAUUGUUUUUUGUUUUUGUUUUUUUUAAUCAGGAGAAUUAGAUAAUGCAGCAGACCAUUUCUUAAAGCAGUUUACUUGGUUUUUAUUGGCAGUCUGUAUCCAAGCCCCUGCAUCUCUGGAUAUUGCUUACCACCUAUGCUGUUGUUCUAGGACAAAUUCAAGGACAGAACUCAGAGUGCGCUAAGGAAGAUUGGAUAACCAAGAAAUGCCUAAUCAAGAUUCUGCUGUACAUGUGAAAAUGAUGCCUGAAUUCCAGAGAAGUUCAGUUCGGAUUAAGAACCCUGCAAGAGUAGAAGAAAUUAUCUGUGGUCUUAUUAAGGGUGGAGCUGCCAAACUUCAGAUAAUAACAGACUUUGAUAUGACACUGAGUAGAUUUUCCUAUGAAGGGAGAAGAUGCCCAACAUGUCAUUAUGUCAUUGACAACAGUAAGCUGGUUACAGAUGAAUGUCGAAAAAAGUUACUGCAACUAAAGGAAAAAUACUAUGCUAUUGAAAUUGAUCCUGUUCUUACCAUAGAAGAGAAGUACCCCUAUAUGGUAGAAUGGUAUACUAAAUCACAUGGUUUGCUUGUUGAACAAGCUUUACCAAAAGCUAAACUUAAAGAAAUUGUGGCAGAAUCUGAUGUUAUGCUCAAGGAAGGGUAUGAGAAUUUCUUUGAUAAGCUCCAAGAAUACGGUAUCCCUGUGUUCAUAUUUUCGGCUGGUAUUGGUGAUAUACUAGAGGAGGUAAUCCAUCAAGCUGGGGUUUAUCACCCGAACAUCACUGUAGUGUCCAACUUCAUGGAUUUUGAUGACAGUGGAGUGCUGAAAGGAUUUAAAGGUGAACUAAUUCAUGUAUUUAACAAACAUGAUGGUGCCUUGAAGAACACAGAAUAUUUCAAUCGACUAAAAGACAAUAGCAACAUCAUUCUGUUGGGAGAUUCCCAAGGGGACAUAAGAAUGGCAGAUGGAGUAGCCAAUGUUGAACACAUCCUGAAAAUUGGAUAUCUAAACGAUAGAGUGGAUGAGCUUUUAGAAAAGUACAUGGACUCUUACGACAUUGUUCUAGUAAAAGACGAAUCAUUGGAUGUAGCCAACUCUAUCUUACAGAAGAUUCUGUAAACAAGCAUUCUUCAAGAAGACCUCUCUCCUGUGGGUGCAAUUGAUGCAAGAACUGCUCACCUAUUCAUCUUGCUGAAAGACUUCUAUUUAUAAUGCGUUCUUGCUCUUGAAGUUUUUUUCUCUCCAUUACUAAGGUAUUUUUGGACAUAUUGAAUCCAGCAACUGGAAGCUCCUUUUUUUUCCCACCUCUCAACACACUCCUCAACUCUAUUUUUUAACAGAUUGAAAAAGAAAAUCGUAAAGCCAAAAUUUGAAAAAUAACUCCCUGCAUUUCCAGAGUGAAUUUUUUAGUGUAAUGUUAUCAUGAGGUUUUUGAGAAAACUUUUUACUCUGGGGAAGUUUGUAUAAGUUUAAAAAGAAGUUUUAUGAAAUGGUGAAAUAAUGUGCAUGAUUUUAACUGUUGCCAUUUUUGUAAUUGGGGUGAAUUAUGCUGAUAAUAUCACUGUCUCCUGAAAUUGUAUUAUAUUUGGUUAUUCUGUUCCGUGAAAGUCAGUAUUUGCCAGAAAAUAUUGGCACUCAGUGUUUGAAAAAAACCAUUUGUAUCCACAUGUCACUAAUCAUUACAAAAUGUUCUAUAUUGAAGCACUGAUAAUACAUAUGAAAUGAAAAGCCUUUUUAAAUUA